ACUUCUAGAGCAAACGACGCAACAGACAGCUACCGGAGCGGCCAUUCCAGAUACGUCGAGAGUAUCGAGCUGGAAUGCUUUUCAUUAUGCAGCUUACAAGUCAAUUUUAAUCAGACGUGUUCAUCUUGGGCUCAGGCGACACGGUCAGUGAUAUGCGAGGAGAGUCCUUAUCAGCGGCCUUAUCAGCGAUAGUGGGGUUAACCGUUAUGAUGUCGAGCCUUCAGUAUCUCGCCACUCAAGCAGCCGAGCGAGUUGGAGAGGAGACUCAUGAGCUCCUUAACCCGCGCAGUUUCUGAAAGCGGAGCCUGAGUGCAGUGCAGUUUUGUUGGCAGCGGAGAUGUGGCAGCAGGCGAUCGCGGUGGCCCUGGCUUUGUUGUGCCAGCUCGCACGCGCCCAGGUCGUCACCGUCGAGGGCAACGCCUAUAAGGGCCUGGUCGUCAGCAUCAGCAAAGAUUUACAAGAGGCGCUGUGUGACGAGUACAUCGAGGGCAUUAAGAACAUGCUGACGAGUGGAUCUUCGCUCCUCCACGCGGCGACGGAGGGCAGACUCUCCUUCGGCGAGGUGACCAUCGUGGUUCCUGAAGGAUGGACUUGCCAGGGGGUCGCAGGAACCACAGACGUGGCGUGGGACCGAGCCAACCUGCGGGUGGGGCCUUUGCACUCGGUCUUCGGUCAGAAUCCGUGGACGCAACAACCUCGAGGCUGCGGAGAACCCGGGGAUUUCAUGUACUUCUCCGAGUCGUUCCUUCUCGAAAAUUCUACGCUGGGAUCUCGAGGCAGCGUGUUCGUGCACGAGUGGGCCAAGUACCGGUGGGGCGUGUUCGAGGAGUACGGGCACAGGGCCGACCCGAUCUUCCCUUCCGCCACCAGGUCCUACGACGGCAACGAGACCCUCAGGCACACCUACUGCACUGACGGCGAAGUGGCGGGGAAUUUUUUUGAGUGUGAGGGAGAUAACCUCGCUACCUGUUACUUCGUGCCCAAUGCAGAGGAGACAACGGGAGUCACCUCUUCUCUCCUUGCCACACCUUUCCUUAGUUCCGUGGUUAACUUCUGCAACAGUGAAACCCAUGUGGCUGAUGUUCCUACCAAACACAACCUUCUGUGCGAGAAGAGGAGCACCUGGGAGGUUAUCCAGAGCCAUCCAGACAUUACUGGCACGUUUGAAUCUUCGGCUCCUUCAACUUCACCGACCUUCACCGUGAAACAGUUAAAAGCACAAACGACAGGAAACAAGCUUGUAUUCCUUCUAGACGUCACUCCGCCAAUGGGAGAUGGUGCCGACACAUGGAAUUAUCUGCGUGAUUCGGUGAAGGAGUUCAUCCUAGUAGAGGCAACGGAUGGGAUGCAGGUGGGCCUCGUGAGCUUCACAAACACAGCAACUAAAGUGUCUGACCUCGUCACGCUUGAUACUCCAAGCAACAGGGAAUCACUGGCGGGGAAAGUACCCAAUGCACCUACGGAAGACACUCAAACCAAGAAUGUGGCUGCAGGAAUAACCAAAGCUAAAGAGGUAUUGGGUGGUGAAGGUAUGGUGAUACUGGUGACAGAGAACAUGAAAUCCCACUCGGAAGACCUGGUCGCAGCUGCCGGUGGCACUCCUGUUUGGCCCGUCCUGUACCCGCAUCUCAUUGGGGUUUCCUAUGACAGUUAUCAGAGCCUUGCCGAUGCCAGUGGCGCGUCUGUGUUCCCUAUUGAAAAUAAUGUAGUUGAUUGGUGUUGCUAAUAUUCAGUCUGUUGACAACCGUGUGGCUCUCAGUCGAUGUCUCCUGGAUAUCCAAUAUCAGACGCAAGGCGAUUCACUACAGGAGAUUGUUAGUAGUUCAUGCGCUGGCAAGGAGUGCCAGAUAAGCCUAGAAGUACCAACGAAUACCAACUAUCAACAGACCUUUCACAUCGAAGUUUAUUUUACUAGAUACGAUAACCAGGCCUCAAGAUAACAGUUCGAGACCCAGCGGGCACUGCCAUUAAUGAAUCAUUUAGCCAAGAUACGGGCAUAAUUUACACAGGAUCUGCUUUACAG